AUGGAGGCUGAAUAUAUUGCGGUUGGAAGUGCAUGUACUCAACUUAUAUGGAUGAAGAAUAUGGUGAAAGAGUAUGGCAUUCCACAGAAUCUUAUGACAUUGUAUUGUGAUAAUAUGAGUGCCAUUGAUAUCUCCAAGAAUCUGGAACGAUCUUCUGAAAGUACGCAUGUGCCUGAUCAUGAAGAUGUUGGUGCUGAAAGUGCUGCGACAAUAGUUGAAACUGCUCUUAGUGUCUCUGAGAAUAAUAUUUCAAAUAUGAAUUCGAACGAGCAAGAUGAUGUACCUUUGGCUAAACUAUUGAAGAAAGGCUUCAUCUCCAAUGUUGCUACUACAAAUUCUGUCAUGUCAACUCGGUCAUCAGUUUCGGUUGAGGUUACUGCUUCUAAUCCGACUUCAGAACUUGUACUUGAUCCUACUGAUGAAUUUACUAAGAAUGUGGAAAGGACUGAUGUUCCUUCUGUUGGGACUCCUAUUGAUGCUGUUGGUGAUGGUUUUCAACCUGAGACUCAACAAUCUCCGGGAGUCACUAGGACAAAGAGGAAGAAGUUUCAGCAAAAUCGGGGUAACAUCACCACGAUAACUGGAAGGAAGAAGGUUUCCUUAAACAUUUCAUCUGUUUCAAUUGAUGGAAUCUCGUUUCACCUUGAAGAAAAUGUUCAACGAUGGAAAUAUAUUGUGAAGCGAAGGAUAGCAGAUGAGGUAAAUGUUUAUGAUAAACAUCAUUCUUGUUUAAGUGUCAUGAGUCUUAUUGAGAAGGCAUAUCUUUUCAAGACUAUAUCAAACGUUGAGUCGUUCUAUCCUAAACUGCUUAGGGAAUUUAUUGUUCUGGAUAAUAAUGUUGAAUCUGCUUGUUCGUCGUCUAACCCAUUUAAUGAAGUUUUGGCAUCAAUAUUGUCUGGAGGGACUCUAUCUACUUGGCCUGUAAAUGGGAUUCCUACGGUUGCUCUAAGUGUCGAAUAUGCCAUUCUUCAUGAAAUUGGUAUUGCAAACUGGUUCCCAUCAUCACAUGCUUCCAGUGUCUCUAUUGCCUUGGGAACAUUUUUGUAUCAGAUAUGUAAUGAAGACACCAUAGAUACAGGCUCCUUUAUAUAUAACCAGCUUCUAAGGCAAGUGGAAACAUAUGGUGUCAAAAUACCUAUUGCUUUACCACGCUUCUUCUCUACUUUAUUACUAUAUCUGGAUACUGCUGUUUUAACACCGACUGAUGCCCUUGAACCUAAGUCGAAGACCUUAUCUCUGAGUUAUAAACUCUUUCAAGGUAGUCAUGUGUCUAAAUAG